AUGCAAUGGAUUAGAGUCAACAGCAAUUGUGUCAUCAGUUUUGUGUUUGGUGUAAUCAACUAUUGGUUCAUGUCAGAGUUGACUCUGAUGUUCCACAAUUCCCGCAAGGAAGGACAAGUCUCAGUUACGGUCAAAAGAUAUGAUGGCAGAACAAGGCCGUAUCCAAAACCAAGAAAGCUCAAGAAUGGAAAGAUGUCAAAGGUAGAGCCUCUGCCAGAACCUGAGGAGUAUAGCUGUUUAUUGCGUGCAACGAGAGACAAGAAGAUCAGCACAGUGGUAUCAGCUGCAGAUGCUCUGAAGUUCCAGCUGCAAUUUGCUCAGUUCCUCCGUUCCAACAUGGACGGGUUGAAGAGAGAAAAGAAAGCAAGGAAGAAAACCAAGAAAGCCACUCAAUAGACACCGUGAAAAGAGAAGGAACUUUGUUACUGAACACCAUCAAGCAUUUACAA